GCCGAACCCGGAGUCGCCAAGAGUGUCCCAACAGCGGCACAGGCUGAACCUGCGAAGCAGCGGAUGCCUUGGGAGACACAGCCGGGGGUUGCCAAAGCAACCACAGUGGCUACGAAAAGCGAGCCCUCCAAAGCGCGGAUGCCGUGGGAGACCGAGGCUGGCGUAGCCAAGGCAGGCUCUCUGCCGAAGGCGCAGCCUGUGAAACAGCGCAUGCCCUGGGAAGCAGCACCGUCAACACAGCCAGCACCAGCCGGAGCUGCAGGAGGUGGUGGUACGGCGACCUCCAAAGCGACUGCAGCUGCUGCCCCUGGCGCUGCUUCGGGUAAGUGGGUUCUGCUGCCGGAUGCACGUGCGGCGGAUAACCUACUCGCCACCGGCGCCGCAAUUGACAGCCGCCCGGUGAACGGCCUGCCCGCCCCAGCUGGGUCAGCCGGUGGCUCCUUUGUGCGGCAAGUACAAGCAAAGGGCAGCAACGAUCCGAAAGUUCUGAGGUUCGAAGACUUGGAUUGGGAUGGUUCUGGUACCAUCAGUAAGGAGGAUCUGAUGAAUGUGCUCCUGGCCUAUCAGACGCAGCAGGUCACGAUCGAGAUGCCCAAUGUGCAGACGGAAGUGGCCAAAGCCAAGGCUCAUGGGGCGCAAAUCUGGGGCGAAGGUGCCGGGCCAGCCGUACUGAGCAAAGGGAAAGCCAAAGCCAAAGGCAAGGGCAAGGGAAAAGGCAAGAACAAAGGGCCUUUCAAAGGAAAGGGCAAAGGACCUCCUCCACCUGUUGCGGCUCCAGUGGUUGCGGAGAAGCCCGAGCCAAAGAAGCCUGCAGGCUCCCAGCAUGUCUUUGGAACAUGCGUCCAUUGCUACAAGACGCUCACCGACGACUCCACCUUCUGUCGACACUGCGGAAUGCGUCGAGUGAGAGCUGCCAUGGAAUGGGAUGCUUCAGGUGACGAAGCCCCUGCCGAAGUCGAAGCUCCAGCUGUCGAGUUGCCGCCUGCCCCGAUGCCUGUUCCGGUCCCUGCCGGUCCAGGUCCCAGUCCGGCAGUGCAUCGGCCUCCACCUCCAAAGGCGCCGGUAAAGGCAGUGCCUGCCAAGGAUGGUCCUCCUCCUCCCCCUCCACUGCCCAAGCCGCCGGCAUCGCUCGAGCCUGCACCGGAACCCAAGGAGGAAGUCCAGGUGCCGUGGAGGUUGGACAAGGCGGCAAGAGUCGGUGCGAAAGUGAAAUCCUGGGUCAGGCCGAAGCCCAAGCCCAAAGAGAAGCCGCCGCCAAAGACGCCAGCAGCAGGGCCACCACCCAAACCGCUGAAUCUCGCUCUGAUGGGCCCAGAGGAUGUCGACCUAGAGAUGGAUGUCACCAG